AUGAUCCCUCACAAGGGCUUCAUAGUGGGAGGACUCUAUUUUUUUAUGGUGAGUUUAGCCAUCUGCACACAGCCAGGGAGAGCACCAACGCCACAGGCUCCCUGCUUCUGCCCAGGUGUGCUUCGAUUACUACUAUUCCAUGCGCACCCUGGAGGGAGUCACCCUACUGCUGGCGCUGGGCAUGCUCGGAGCAGUUUGGGCCCAGUGGCACGUGGGAAUCCUGGGAUUCCCGGUCUGGCUAACGCUGUAUGACGUGGCUCUGUUGUUGAUCAAUUCUCUGCUCCAGGUACAGAUGCAGGCGGUGGGCUUGAAGCUGAGUCUACUGCUGUGGUACGGCUAA